AUGUUGCAGCGCGUGGCAUUGACAUCCCGGGCGUCGAUCACGUCGUGCAUUUCCAGAUCCCUCGCUCCGCCGAUACGACACACAGGUGUGUCUGUAGCACUUAUUGAGCCGAAUGAGCUGCGUUUAUGGCGCGACCUGUGGCGCACGCUAGGACGCGACGACCGUGUGGCGUCGCUGCCGAUUGAGUACUCGUUCCUUGGUCCGAUUCGUGAGCGGCUUGCUCUGGCGCGUGAGAUUGAUUCCCUAUCACAUGCACAGACGAAAGCAUCGCAUGACGAUGCUUGGCUCCGUACGCUUGCGCGAGAUGCAGAUCUCGAUUACGAAAGCGAUGCAAGUGAUAAGGAUGCGGAUGUCGAUGCAUCGCGACGGAAAAAACAGAAACGCUCACCCUCUGCUACGAAGCUCGCGAGCUUAAAACAGCGGCUCGCACAAUUGCUCGCGCGACCUUUGCAGGCCCAGGGCACAAGUCAAAAGUACUUGACGAGUGGUGUUCGACCUGAGUAUGUGCAGGCAUUGCUCAGCGGACACCACGCGCCUCAUAUGCUUGGUGUCAUCAAGUCCUCGAUUCAUGCGGACCUGGCAGCAUCCAAGCGUUAG